AAUAGAACUAUCACGCGAAAGAUUGAGUACGUGUUCAUAUCAAUAUUUUGUCAAUUAUUUCCUAAUAGAAAACUCAUUAAAAACACUUUUUAUUUAUAUUUAAUUGUAAUUUAUUUAUAGUUUAUCGUGCAUUAUUUUUUGUUUUAAUUUAUAUUUAAAAUUGCUUUUAAAGGUUAUAUUUAAGAAAGUGAUUUAUACAAGGUUAAGAUCCUCAUAAAAUUUGCAAUGGAACAUAUCUAUGAAACGUGGAACUUAUAGCAUUGGUAAUAUUGUAAAUUUUUAAUAAAUAGUUAUAUAUAUAAUUAGUGAGUGAAAUUGUAUAAAAAAGGAAAAACAAGGAAAUAUCAAUCUACUUAAAAAGAAAAUAAAUGCAUAAUGCCUUCAAGAAGAAACAAAGGUGGCCUCUUAGCUAGGGUUAAUUUUCCACUUUACACAUUGCAAAUGUUGACUAGUAGACAUAUACUUGUUGGAGGUGGUGGUGGUUCUUCAAAAACUGGAGUAGCAAAUGGAUUUGAAAUAUUUGAACUUCUACACGAUGGAGUACAAUUUAUUGCUGAAGAAGUUACAAGACACGAAACUGGUCCUAUCGUGGUAAUGAACUGUGCUACUUACAAUAAUGCGAAAAGAUCCUGGAUACUAGCUGGUCAAGAAAAUCAUUGUCAGUUGUAUAACGUUAACACUAAAAUAGUCAACCUAGAGAAUGGUGAGAUUAUUAAGAAAGUUACCAAUGUAACCAAGGAUAGUGUUAGAAAUAGAAAAGCAAAUGAAAAAAUGGAAGAAGAAAGAAAGUCAAUGAAGGGGAAAAUAGAAGAAAUUAAAGACGACAAUUCUAAUAUUAAAAGUAAAAGAUUACAGUUAGUAAUCAAACCAGUUGACAGUGUUCAAACAGAUUUUAGCGAAGACGAAUCGCUGCAAAGAAUAGUUCGCAUAAGUUCGAAUGGAAAAUUAAUGGCUACCGGUGGUACGGAUGGUUGCAUAAGAAUAUGGAAAUUUCCGCAACUGCAGAAAUUGCAUGACUUAAAAGCUCAUCAAAAAGAAAUAGAUGAUAUAGACUUUAGUCCGGAUGGUAACUCAUUAAUAACCAUAGCUAAAGAUGGGAAAGCAAUUUUAUGGGACGUCGCAAGUGGAUCAUUGAAUAAAGAACUUACGUGGAAUUCUCCUAAUAAUACUAAAUAUAUGUACAAGAGAUGUCGAUUUAGAAUAUCAGAAGUGAAUAUAUCAUUAAAUCAAUUAUUUCUUCUUUCUAAUGCAACUAUGGGAAAGGAUUCAAGUUUUCUCCAAUUGUGGGAUACGGAGUCUGGCAAUAUUAUUAAAUCUAUUACUUAUAAGGAAACUUUAUCUGCUUUAGCAGUCUCAGACGAUGGCAAAUUUGUAGCCGUUGGAACAAUGUUCUCUGGUAGCGUAGACAUAUACGUUGCUUUCAGCUUAAGAAGAGUAUUACAUGUACCUGGCGCACACAAUAUGUUUGUAACUGGUUUAGAAUUCUUACCAACAAAAUUAGAUGGACCACCUAUCACUAGUAAUACAGAAACUUCUGUAAUUAGCAUUUCUAUAGAUAACAGAAUUUGUAUACACAGUAUACCGUUUAGACAUACAAUACCAUUCUGGCUCGGAAUGUUUCUGAUAAUCUUGUGCAUCUGCGCAGCAUUUACAUUUUGUAGCUAUCUUGGUAUUUGACUGACACAAUUAAUUGUCCAACUAUCGCAUGAAUUUGUUUGUAUCAGAAAGAAGCAUUUGCAAAUAUUUCAAUUACUACAAUCUAAAUCCUAUUACAUUUCACAUUAGAAAUAAAAACUUUAUUAAACAUGUAUGUAAUAUCUGAUAAAUUGCAGGAUUGAUAAAAAUAUAUAUGUAUAUAUAUAUGUAUA